AAAAAAACACUCCUGCUGACGUCACUGGGAGUCAGCUGUGAGCGGCGUGCUGCUAGCCGGACAACAUGAAUGAAGAUGAAGCCAGCCGUGGCGCUUCUCCUCCUGGCCCUGCUCGCUGUCGCAGAGCUGAGCCAAGCCCAGCUCGAGACCUCUUUCCUGGAUUUGUCCUGGAUCCUUCCCAGUCUCAGUCGGCCAGCGAACCACAGCCGUAUCUUCUACGCGGUGAUGUUUGAUGCAGGGAGCACGGGGACACGCGUUCACGUCUACACCUUCAUCCAGAGCGACUCGGAGCAGCUUCCUGUCUUGGACAAUGAGAUGUUUCAUUCCGUAAAACCUGGCUUGUCGGCAUAUGCCGAUGUCCCCGAAAUGGCUGGACAAACGGUGAGGAUGUUGUUGAAAGUGGCCAAGAGGACGGUGCCUCGUCUGGAGUGGAAGAGAACUCCUUUGGUCCUCAGAGCCACAGCGGGACUUCGGCUGCUGUCCACACAGAAAGCUCAGGGUCUUCUGGACCAGGUUCAACACGUGUUUGAUGAAUCUCCUUUUUUGGUCCCAGACGGCAGCGUCAGCAUAAUGAAUGGCAAAAAGGAAGGAAUCCUGGCUUGGAUAUCUCUGAACUUUCUAACAGGUCAUCUGAAAGCACAAAGCAAGAAGACUGUGGGUAUAUUGGACUUGGGAGGAGGCUCCACACAGAUCACGUUCCUGCCCAAACUGAGGAAAACCACUGACAGUGUUCCUGCUGCUGACUACAUUGCCAAGUUUGAUGUCUUAAACUCAACAUUUGAAUUGUACACUCAUAGUUAUCUUGGAAAUGGACUGAUGGCAGCUCGACUGGCCACACUGGGUGCCCUGGGUGCAGAAGGGUUGGAGUGGCAGGUUUUUAAAAGUUCCUGUCUGCCAAAGAAAUCCAGGGAUGAAUGGAGCUUUGGAGGUCUAACCUAUCAAGUGAGCGGGGACCCAGAUGGUUAUACAGGAUACAAGCUUUGUUAUCAGGAAGUACUUAAGGUGGUGAAGGGGAUUAUUCAUCAGCCGUAUGAGCUUGAAGACACCAAUGUUUUUUAUGCAUUCUCCUAUUAUUUUGACAGAGCUGUGGAUGCAGGCCUUAUCGAUGAAGUCCACGGAGGGAUGCUGGAGGUCAGAGACUUCAAGAAGAGAGCCAAAGAGGUUUGCAAUAAGAUGACCAAGUACCCUCCCAUCCACCCUUUCCUGUGUAUGGACAUGACCUACAUCACUUGUCUACUGAAGGAUGGGUUUGGCUUUAAAGAGAGCACUGUAUUACAGCUAACCAAGAAAGUGAACAAUGUGGAGGCUAGCUGGGCACUGGGCGCUACAUUGGACCACUUCCACUACCUGAAGAUCCACUGAGAAGGUGAGGACCACACACUGACAAUGAGAAGCUGAUUUAGGCGGUGCUCACUAA